GGGUUAUUGAGAAGAGACUAGAGAGUGAUGGACAUUUUGUUUGGGAGGAGAGGGCCUUUUAUCAGUUAUUAAAGUUGAAAAACAAUGAUUAAAAGUACAUCCUUUGCUUUGAACCAGCUGCGCGGAGGUCAUCGCAUGGGCCGCCGGCUGUACCCACUGGGUUAUCUAUUCCUUUAAAUAUUGGACUGUUUUUAUAUUAAUGAUUAUUGUCUUUAUGUUCACAACUUUUCCACAUUUCGAAGUGUUUCCCGAGCCAGAACUACCUAUCUUUCUUCCUGGCUUGCUCGAUAAUGAUACUACAAUUUCGGAUGUCACGUGAUUUGAAGCAGUUGCUGCUUCUGACGUCAUAUGUCACGUGAUUUGACGCAAGCUUCGAAGCACUGCUUCCAUGAAAUAGGAAGGCCAGGGUUGAAGCUCCGUUCGAAGCUUCAGUGUCAAACUGCCAUCACUAGUUCAAAUGAUAAAUAGUUUGGCUUAGUGGGGGUUAUUUGUCUAUUUAAGUGAACUGCUGGGUUUACAAUGUGGCUGCCCUUUCACACAGUGUGUUUAGGAAGUCUGACAGUGAGCAGAAGAAGCGUUGCUGCUGCUCUUUUAAAAUGUUCAAAGCACAGAGAAAACGUGUCUCUUUUCAGUCAUUCAGCUGCAGCACAAACAUGCAAGGCUCUUCAGUUCAGGAACCACGGAGACCCUUCUAAAGUCGUACAGUUAGAGGAUGUAGAUCUGCCCCCUAUAGGUGAAAAUGAUGUUCUGGUUAAAAUGCUGGCAGCUCCAAUCAACCCAGCUGACAUCAACAUGAUUCAAGGUACUUAUGCCAUCCUCCCUGACCUCCCAGCUGUUGGGGGCAACGAAGGCGUGGCCCAGGUGGUAGAAGUGGGCCGCAACGUAACCUCCCUAAAAACAGGAGACUGGGUUAUUCACAAAGAUGCUGGUCUAGGCACGUGGAGGACAGAGGCGGUGCUAGCAGAGGGCGAUGUCAUCUCGCUGCCUAACGAUAUUCCCUUGCUGUCUGCUGCAACCCUGGGAGUGAACCCCUGCACCGCCUUCAGGAUGCUCUCUGACUUUGAAGAGCUCAAGCCAGGCGAUUCUGUGAUCCAGAACGCAGCCAACAGUGGAGUCGGGCAGGCUGUGAUACAGAUUGCUGCUGCGAGGGGAAUCAACACUAUCAACGUCGUCAGAGACAGGCCAGAGUUCACACAGCUCAGUGAUAGGCUGAAGGCCAUCGGAGGCACUCAUGUGAUCAAAGAAGAAGCGCUGAGGCGGCCUGAGAUGAGGGAACUGUUCAAGACCUGCCCAAAGCCUAAACUGGCGCUGAAUGGAGUCGGAGGCCAGAGUGCAACAGAGCUGCUCCGUCAUCUUCAGUUUGGAGGAUCUAUGGUGACGUAUGGAGGGAUGGCCAAAAAGCCAGUCACUGUUCCUGUGAGCGCUCUUAUUUUCAAGGAUGUGAAGGUUCGGGGAUUUUGGGUCACACAGUGGAAGAGAGAUCACUCGAGCGAUGGAAGGGCCUUCAAAGCCAUGCUGGAUGAACUGUGCCAGCUCAUCCGGCAGGGGAAGCUGACGGCUCCUGCCUGCACUGAGGUCAGCCUCCAAGACUUCAACAAAGCUCUGGACGCAGCUAUGCAGCCGUUCACCUCGGCUAAACAGGUCUUCAUUAUGUGAACAGACCAACUGACUAAUCACUUCACUCUCAUGACCAGAGUGUAACCCGAAGACUACCACAUUAUUGUUAAUGUGUGAAUCAAAUACACUGCUCAAGCACAUAAUCAAUAAAUGUGUCCUCACAACA